AAACUCGUUAAACGUCGACGUAUUGACGUUUCGCGCGCGUAUCUUCGUCGCAGCGGGUAUCUCGACGACGCACGACGCGCGUCUCUCUCUCUCUCUCUCUGUGUGUGUGCUGGUGUUCAGUGAGGAUAGCGAAGGGAAGAGGACUGACACAUCCGGUCGAAUUCCCUGACUGACAGAAACAGGUUGUCGUGGACAUUCGAAAAUGUCGGUAUUACUUCGACAACUCGGUCGCUAUGAAACCCUGGUAUCAUAUUUUGGUGUAUAAUUUUGAGCGGACAAUAGUGGCAGUGUGCUAGAGUAAAAGAGGGACACGCGAGUCGAUGGAAUGACAAUUGACGUCUCCCGUCCGUGGAGCUGACGGAAGCUAUCGAGUUCGGAAGGAAGGUCUCGACGAGAGAAAUAGGGGACGAUUUCGAAAACCAAUGAUGUGACUCGUGUGUCGGUUUAAGCACGAUGACGGAGAAUGCGAGUGCGUUGACAGGUCAUCGAUAACGAUUAGUGCGACUGAUUUCAUGAUUGCGGCUCGAACCGGUGACUCUUCGCGGGGACUCCGGACAUGUUAGGCCAGUGAAUGAGACUCGAUAAACCGUACGGUAAAUCCGCAAACAGUUUUCAUACAAUGCAAAUGUGUUAUCGUGUCGAGGAGAUGCGCGGUGCUUGAAGAAUCAAGCUGUCGUGGCCUCGACUGGUUGCCAAAAGUCACCAGGCGAGUGUCUCGAGCGAUUGCGCUUUUUAGUUUAGCUCCUUCCCAUAUCCGGCGCGCGGCAUGUGCACCACGGAGAUGACGGAGUCGUAUACGAUGUCGCCGUCGACGACGGUAUCUUCCAGUGCCGCGACGCCCGGGAGUGGCUCGUCAGCGCACCGACGGACGUCGUGCAGAGGCUCGCCGGGUCGAGGGGACGUUCAGGACGACGAGGACGAGAUCUCCGUAGGUUGUCCCAGUCCGCUGCCACUGGUGGUCGUGACGCCCAACACGGAGGACGAAUUGGCAUCCUCGAGGGAAGAGUACGCCGACCGUCUAAGCCCCAGAAGGACCUAUCCACGAGAUUCGAUGACGGAGGACGAGGAGAGAGAUUACUCCCGAAACGGGGAAUACAGAAUGUCGAACGGAAGAACCAGUAGCAGGACUCGCGAGAGCGGCGACUCGGUCACGACUCUCAGGGAUGACGAGGAGGACGAGGAGGAAGAAGACGAUGUGGACAGCAGGACCGGUAGCAACGGUGCGGCAACCGCUGGCACUACGGACGAUUAUUUCAAGCCGUUGAAACGUCUGAAGAUGGUGCAGGUGCAACACUCGGACGAGGAGGACGAGAGGGAACGAGAGUCCAAUGAUCGCGGAGUCAAGUCUUUUAGUAUCCUCGACAUUCUGUCGCAUCGGCCAAAGGCGAAGAUCGUUCGUCCCUGGGACACGGCGGAUUCCGGUCUUGGCCAUCAGCACCGUCAUCACUUGCAGCAGCAGCAGCAGCAGCAGCAUCAUCAUCAUCAUCAUCAUCAUCAGCACCAUCUGCACCACCAUCAUCACCACAGUCAUCCGGGUCACGCGACUGGGCCCCGGGACCUCUCGCUGAUGGGUAUGUCACUCGCAUCUAUGUCCGGCUCCAUCAGCGAGCCGCCCCUUAGCAGUUCCUCAUCGUCCGGAAGGAGCUCCGUGUCGGAUUCCGGUAGCCCGGACCCGCUCGCCCAUCAUCACCAUCAUCAUGCCGCGCUCCAUCACGCGGGCAUUCAUCCCGGCCUGCAUCACCCGGCGCUCCAGCAGCCCCAGCAGCAGCAGCUGAAGAGGAAAAUGCCCCAGCAGCAACAUGGCUCGCACGCUGGCCAAAACGGCAAGAGGACCACAGGGCAAGGCAGUCCCUUGGAUGCGCUUUUCCAAAUGACCAGCAAGACCUUCGAUGCGGGCGAGCACAGUCAGGAACAAGCCAAUCACUUGAACCUGUUCAACAAUCGCCAACAGCCGAAGAAGAAGCGCAAGAGUCGGACCGCGUUCACGAAUCAGCAGAUCUUCGAGUUGGAGAAAAGAUUUUUGUAUCAGAAGUACUUGAGCCCGGCCGACAGGGACGAGAUUGCCGCUCAGCUGGGUCUGAGCAAUGCCCAAGUGAUCACGUGGUUCCAAAACAGAAGAGCGAAGCUCAAGAGGGACAUGGAGGAGCUUAAGAAGGACGUGCAGACUGUGAAUCCACUUCUGGUCGCCCAACAUCACAAGACUUUCCUGGAGAACGUGCAAGAUCUGGGAAUCUUAAAGAAACGACCAUUGCCAAACUCUAUGGACGAGAAAUCGUAGAGGUCAAUUCGACACCGCUUUCUCGAUCUUUCGUGUGCAAUCGAGGCUCGACGGGAGAAUCGGACAGUCGUAUAAAACGUCAUAUAUGUAUUUGGCCGCGAAAGAGAAGGUUGAAUACGUGAUACAUAGAUUUCGUGUUGCGAUGUAUUAUUCGGACAAACACGUAACGCGAAAAACUGCGAGUGCAUCUUGUACAGUUUUCUUUUUACGUGUACGACUCGAUUCCUUGGCAUAUUUUAAUAUCCUUGGAGAAAUUCUUGAGGAGAGUUUUACGGUAAAGGACAUUUUUCCGGACAUUUUAUCUAACGCUGACCGUCUAAUAAUCUAUUCAACAUUCAAGCUUCAUUUUUUCGAAAACUAAAAGCUGUUUGCAUUGUUAUCAUAUAUACAUUUUCUCGACGAAUAUUCUAUCUCCAAAUAAUGGUCUAAAACGAUUACGAUUCUAUAUACAGAAAUACGGAUUUAAUAGGGGAAGUGUCGUGUUGAAAUUUUCAAGAGGGAUUUUCGUUAUGCUUGUUAGAACUGAGAAAAAUGGCGUCAUGUCGUAAUUGACGGCUUUAAAUGGAAAGCGUAUCAUAGCUCGCUGCAAUUUUACGCGCAGAGCGCGAUGUAUUAUAAUGUAUUUA